CACUACUCUUGGGUUAACCCAUCCGUCUCCUAAGAAAGAAAGGAAAAGAAAACCUUAUCUUAGCAGUUAGCUCAUCUCUUUUCUCCUGUCUCUACAUUUCCAUGGCUAACUCUCUAUGUUUGAGUUCUGUUACUCCAGUUAAAAGCAACCCAUCAAAGCCAGGGAUUUUGAUUGGAAAUUCUGCAAUUACAAAGGUUGGUAAAUUACAUGAAAAAUUACCCAAUUUGAGUUCUGCAAGAUUUCAGACCCUUGUCACCAAUGCGACAGAAAAAAACAGCUUAUACCCAACCACCAAAAAGAAUAGCUUAGUGUGUGAUAAAUGUGAUGGAAAUGGUAUUAAGGAAUGUUCUCAGUGCGAAGGAUCAGGAGUGAAUAGCCAAGACCAUUUUAAUGGACAGUUUAAAGCUGGUGGAUUAUGCUGGCUUUGCAGAGGCAAAAAGGAAAUUCUGUGCGGAAACUGUAAUGGAGCUGGCUUUAUUGGUGGAUUCAUGAAUACAUUUGAGGAGUGAGAUAUUUGAAAGGAAGCGGGGGAAUACAAUCACUACUUGCUUGCUAGAUUAUCAUAUUAAUGUUUGAUAACUAAUAUGUUGCUGUAAGUUGUAACAACGUACAAUUUUGUAAUUGAUUGUGGCGUUAAAUUGUAAGAAAAAAUGCUUCAGAUUCAUAGAUAUGUAGCAAUGAAGUAUGAUAGACUGCAAGUGGGCAUUUCCUGGA